AUGCAAGGGCUGACGCUGACGCAGCGCAGCACGUGCCGUGGGCCAAGCAAGCGUGUGCUGACUAAUCGUCACGUGCCGCGUGGAGUCCGAGCCGCAGUAGCAACGGGUCACGCGAAAGCAGCCAGAGCGAACGGCGCUGCGAUUCUUCAUCGAGUGGAAGAGCUCCCGGACGGCACUGUGGUGUUGCGGUUCGCCGCGGCCGGCACGGGCGGCACGGGCGGCAGGCACGUGGAGGUGGAGCGGAACGUGGUGGAGUUUCUGCAGGAGUGCACGACGACGUACUGCCGUCUCAUCGAUAACGACACGAUUGACCAGAUCGUGGGCACCCACGUGCCCCUCCAACCAGCCCAGCAGCUAUCCCAUCUGGUAACCACCACAGCUCACAACACCGUAUCUGCACUCAAGGAGACCCUGUCCGGCCACACCCAUCAGCACCACCACGCACCUGCCACAACCGCCCGUGCCUCUGCCAGGGAAACACAGCUUGCUGCUGUGAAGACAACUCCUGCUCCAACUGCUGUUGCUCUUCCAGCAGCAUCACAGAAACCAGCAGCAGCAGCAGUAGCAGCAGAACUUGAGAGUUCAAGAGCAUUCCAGCUGUUGCCCACUGCUGUUAAAGCGGUUGCGCCUGUUGUGCUUGUAGCAGCAGCGGCAGCAAUAGUGCAAGUGGCUAAGGCCAUGGGCCUGAUGGGGAAGCUAUCUGGAAGCACCAUCAAGGCGUGGGCGUUGCGGGGCUGGCCUGCAGCAGCUGUGAUUGUAGCAGUGGCUUCAGGAGUGCUUGUAUGGAGAGGGCUCAAUGGAAGGCAAUCAGGCAAAACGCUGCAGCUGUCCUCCAUCUAA